CAUUUCAGUGGAUCUUGGACCGAGUGCUCCGCCGAACGUAUGAGUAAUAUUUAAGGUGCAUCAGUCGCUGGGAAAACGCUUCCGAAUCGCUGGGAAAUCGCGCGGAAUUCGAGAGUCCUGGUCGGUGGUUGAAAGUGUUUGUGUUUUAGAGCCGCUUAAUACUAUAGUUGAACCGCUGUAUUUAAACAGGCUUCUAAAUUAAUAAGUGAAAAAUCGAAAAGUGUGUAGUGUAACAAAUCGUUCAAAAUGUCGAUGGAUCCAACAGUUUCCCUAGAGGAUCUGGAGCGACGCCGACGUCGCGCCAGUUCCGCCCGCAAGCAGUCACACACUCCCCAACCGCCUUCCCUCCUGCCGGAUUCGGAGGCCAUGGCCGUGAUCAACGAGAUCUUCAAUCCCACGCUGAAACUGCCGGAGUCCAGUGGCCACUACACGCUGCCCGAGGAGAUGAGUGCCGAUGACAAUGUGGCGCCCCAUGAACUGGACAUUGCUAAGUUAGCGGAACUGAAGGAAGUCUUCUCACUCUUCGACACGGACUGCGAUGGGCUGAUCUCGAAGGAGGAUCUACGGUUCACCUACACGGCCCUGGGAAAUGAGCCCAACGAGCAGCUGCUGGAACAGAUGAUGCAGGAGGCCAAGGAACCACUGGACUACGAUGCCUUUGUCCGGCUGAUGAGUCGUCGCACCCAGGAGCUGGAUCCCGAGGAUGUGCUUUUGGAGGCCUGGAGCAAAUGGGAUGACCAUGGCACGGGCAAGAUCGAUGAACGCAAAAUCUAUGAGGAGCUGACCAACUAUGGCGACAAAAUGACCCUCAACGAGGCCAAGGAGGCUCUUAGCCAUGCCCCGAUGGCCAAGCCGAAAUCCUGGAGGAGCCGCCCAUGAUUGACUAUCCGGCCUUUUGUCGCAUGCUCAGUGGAAUGCGCAAGCGAAAAGGGGAAUAACUAAAGUGGAGAUUCGCAUAUAAUAUUAAAAAAUUCAAACGUAUUUUUCUAAAA